AAUAUGUGGAUGCAAAGGUUGCAUCGAAGAAGAAAAGAUGGGUUUGCUUGAAUUCAAGGCUUUUCUGAAAUCGAAUGAUGAACAUGUAGAUUUUCUUCUCCCUUCAUGGGUAGAUAACAACAUUAGUGAAUGUUGUAAGUGGGAGCGAGUUAUUUGCAAUCCCACCACAGGUCGAGUUAAGAAGCUUUCCCUCAAUGAUAUAAUGCAGCAACAAACUUUUGUGGAAUUCGAUUGGUCCUAUUAUGAAAAUGUCAAAUUCUGGUUACUAAAUGUCUCCUUAUUCCUUCCUUUUGAAGAACUUCACCAUCUAAAUUUGUCUACAAACUCAUUUGAUGGGUUUAUUGAGAAUGAAGGAUUUAAAAGGUUAUCAAGUUUAAAGAAAUUGGAGAUCUUGGACAUAAGUGGUAAUGAGUUCAACAAAAGUGCCUUAAAAUCUUUGGGCACAAUAACAUCACUCAAGACACUGGUUCUUUGCAGCAUGGGACUGAAUGGAUCUUUUCCCAUUCAAGGCAUAAUUAACCAGUUUAAGAAACUUGGUAGUGCUGGAUCUAAGCUAUAA